UUUUUUUUUUCAUCUGCUCCUUUACAUACACAAAAAAUGCCUCUUACUUGCUCUGACUUUUGCAAAAUCCUUUUCGCCAUCCUCUUGCCACCUCUUGGUGUCUUCUUUGAGCGAGGAUGCACUUGCGACCUUCUCAUCAACGUUGCUCUCACAUGUCUCGGCUACAUUCCUGGAAUCAUUCACGCGCUAUACAUUAUAGUAAAAUACUAGCACGAACUAAAGAACCGGUUUCCGUUGCCCGUUCUGACCACAUACACUCAUUCCCCAUCACCACUACAUAUUUUGCUAUCCCCUACACACAAUCAUCCUUUAAGUAAAGAGUCGACUGACUCUUAUUUUGUAUAUGUAACGUCCGCUCAUCUAUUAUCCUUUAUCGCAUAAAGUAUAUUCUUUCUCAUUUAUCCCGGCCCUUUUAGCCGCUCCAAUGGUUGUACGUGUGUGUUCCCAACAAAUGUAGCUAGUGGAUGCUAUAUAUUUUCGGUUUAUGUCUUGGCGUGUUUAACUUGGUAUUUGCUAGUAGAAACUCUAGAGAUAAUUAUGCUUAAACUGGGAGCGUGGGAUUGGGGGAAAGGUGGAAGAGCGUGAAAGAUAUAGUUUAAAGCAAGGCAUUGUUUUUUAUUUCCUGUCAGGAUUUUUA